AUGGAGCGUGAAGGGUGGUCUUCGUAUACGCUGGACGAUAAGGGCAUUAGCAUUCGGAAUCGCGUGAGGUUGUCGCAAGCACCGGAGUCGUCGUCGGAGUCGUCGCUCGCCAGCUUCAUCAGCAACCUCGCGCGGCCGGCCGGUUCGUACCGCACGCAGUUCCUGCCGUCGCCGCAGCAGCGCAAGAAGCAGCAACCGCAGUCGCAGCAACAAGCAGACUGCCAGAAUCAGAAUGACCAGGAUCAAACCGCGCAGCCGGCUGAGCAUGGGCAGAGCUCUGACGGCGAAGAGCAGAAGCAGUCCCAUGCCGACCAGGAGCUGAAGCAGUCGCCGUUACCGCUUCCCCUCUCCCUCCCUCGCUUCUUUAACUGCCCGCAGCGGUCGUUAUCGCUCGACCCUCGCAUUCUUCGCAAGCUCCUAUUCGAGCGACACGCAGAACCGUCACAAGACGACGCAAUAGAAGGCGACGACUCGAGCUCCGCCGACAAACUGCCAGAGCUUCUGGAGGAUAUGAAGCAUCCGCCGGAACCGCCGUCGAGCACGGAGAAUAAAACAUCGACCUCCGAUAAGAAACCGUCCCUGAACCGCCGAUCCUCGCUCCCGUUCGUCAAGGAGGUUCGGGAAGACGCCGAAGCUGAUGACGACGGUGAGGCAAAGAAGAUCGGCGCAGAGGGGCAGACGCGCGUUCUUCCGAUGGACAUUGAGAUGUCGCCGCGCACGCGGUGGGAGGAGCUGAGCGAGCAGCAGCUGCUGCACGAGCUGCAGCGCCGCGAGGAGGACGCCGCGCGGUUGCGGCGCAUGCGCGAGCAGCAGGAGAGGGCCGGCGCGCGGGACUCGUCGCGGGAGAGACGGCGGGACGUGUCGCCUCAACGGGACUUCCUUCCCCGCGACACCCUCACGUGGGUGCUGCUGGCGGGCGGUGCAAUUGCCGCCGCGGCGUCCGCGGUGGGCAACAAGCGGCGCAAGGCGCACCUCACGGAGUCCUGCGUUGGCUCCACCGGACCGUCGGACAGCUUCGGCAUGUCAGGCUCGGGGCAGAUCACCCAAACCGCUUACUGUUCCUCCUGUCCCCGUUCCCACUUGCCGUGCUUUGUUAAUCAGUUUCCCGCUCAGCCUACCUGUCUCUCCCCACCUUCUCCCCGCCUCACAGUCCCCCUGAGCGAUCCUCGCGGCAGCAGCGUCACGGGGGACGGCGGGGGGCGCAGCAGCAGGCGCAGCAGCAGCCGUCACAGCCACCACCACGAACGCGCAUACGACCACAGGCACUCGCACUCGCGCGGGCACGAGGGGCACGGGAGAAGGUCCCGCGCGCGAGGGCCUGAUUGCGCGCCAGAGGACAGCGGGGAGUCGCGCGAGGCUUAUCUGGGGGAGCAGUACUCCGGGCAGGGGGGCUACCUGGGGGAAAGGCUUGCGCCCGCGGAGCGGGGGAGCUACAGCGAGAGGCGGAGACGAGGGGGAAGCAGCAGCAGGACUUACAAAGAGGGCAGUGCGACCAGUGCUGCUGCUUACACCGCUGAUGCCUACUCCCCUUCUUCUUCCUCCGCUGCCGCUGCUGCUGGUGCUGGUGGCGCUGGCAGCAGGGCGCGGACUUACUCCCUCUCCUCGGGUCAAGACGCCGCCGCCGCCACCGCCGCUGCUAUGGCAGCCGGCACAGCCGCCGCUGCUGCAGGCGCGCUCGCCGCCCCCUCCCUUCCCCCUUUCGCUCCCCCUCACCACAUCCUCGUGGCGCCAAGCGCAGCAACGGGAGGGGCUCCCCCGGUGGGCCUGGGCCUGCUGGGGAAGGACGCGCCGGAGUUCUGGGCUGCGCUUCCUUCCGACGCGCUUGCAGCGGCGUCCGCCGUGGCAGCUGCGGCGGCCAAGGGGAAAGCGCCCCUGUUUACGCCUGAGAGCUCCGCCCCUGGCGCGGGCGCGGGCCCGUCCUCCUCGCUUCAGCUGCGCACCCCGUCGCAGACUGGUGAGCGCGCGGCGCCGCACGCGCCCGUCUCUUCCCCUUCUCCUGGCGUGUUCCGCUUCACCGGCACCAGCCCCAGCGGCGGCGGCGGAACUGAUGGCACAGGCGCGGGGAGCAGCGGAACGCCGCUGGGUCUUCUGGGGAGCGGCGUGGGGACUUUCUCCGGGCUGGGGGCGUCCGCGCAUACGUCCAGCCCCUCUUCCGCCGCGGGGCUCCCCUCCCGCCGCGAGGAGGUGCUCCGGCUGCGCGCGCAGCUGCGGAGGCGCGACGAGAUGAUUCUCGACAUGCAGACACAGCUGCUACGCCAGGAGGAGGGAGUUGCGGAGCGUAUGGACGGGCUGGCGGAGCUUGAGCGCGCGCUGGAGGAGCAGCGCGCGGAGAAGGCGCGCGCGGAAGUGAGGGCGGCGGAGGCGGAGAGGGAGGCAGAAGCUCAGGCGGAACAGUGCCAGGCUUUGUUGCGGAGGCUGAAGGAGCUGGAACGGGGCAAAGGGGGGCGAAGCGGAAGCGGGGACAACUCCGGGGGUGGAAAUGCUAGCGCGGAAGGAGAAGCAGGCGGAGCCAGUGGGGGGAAGUCGGAAGAGGGGGAGUCCAGGGCGGCGGAAGGCGUACUGGAGGCGCAGAUUGCGGAGGCUGUGGCGGCAGCAAAGGAGGCGGCAAGGCAGGUGGCGGAGGCCGCAGCAGCGGAGCAGUACCGCGUGGGAAAGGUGGAAGGAUCUCUGGCCGCGCAGCGGGAGUUGGAAAUCGCCGUGCGGCGAGGCAGGCAGCUGGAGGAGCAGCUCUCUAAGGCAGAGGAAUCCGCGGAGAAAUGGGAGAGGCUUGCGCGGGAGGCUAUGGCGGAAAGCGCGCGGAAGGAGGCGGAGGCAGCGGACGCAGAGGCGCGCGCCGCCCGCGCAGCAGCGGAGGCGGAGCGCUUGGAUGAGGAGUGCGCGGCGCUGGGCGCGCAAUACCAGGCGGUUCAGGAGCAGGCGGAGGCGCUGGAGAACGAUUUGCGGGAAAUGCAGGAAAAGGCGGAGCUCUGGGAGAACAGAGGCCACGAGGCCGUCAAUAUAGUGGAGAUACUUGAAGCGGAGCUGACUGUAGCGAAGCAGCAGGCGGAGGAGGCGGAGGAGGCGAAGCGGGAGGCGGAAGAGGCGCGGCGAGAGGCGGCGGACGCCAAACUCGAGGCGGCUAUGGCGCGGGAAAAAGUGGCGGAUGCCUCCGCCGCGAUGGCGGAAGAAGCGGAAGCGACAGGCGCGCGGGUGAAGGAGCUGGAGGAGCGGUUGGAGGAGACCGAGGGGCGCGCGCGGUACUGGGAGGUGGCGGGGAGCGAGGCGGUGGAGCAGGCGGCGGCGGCGGAGCGGAAGGAGGCGGCGGCGGUGGCGGCGGUAGAGCUGGCGGCGCAGAUUUCGUACCAGAAGGGGCGCGACGAGAUGCGCGCGGAGAUGCAGGCGGAGAUGGGCCCGCUGGUGCAGGCGUGGGAGCGGAAAUGCGAUGCGCUUCAGAAGCAGUGCGAGUCGCUGCAGCAGCGGAAGGGGGAGGUGCGGGAGGAGCGGGACGGGAGGGGCGGUGGGGGAAGCGGAGAGGGGAGGACAGCGGAAGGAAAGGCGGAGAGUGGGGAGGAGAGUGGAGUGGAGAGUGGGAGUGUGGUGGAUGAGGAGGGGGAGGGGUCUGGGAAGAGUGAGGUGGUGUCAGGGGACGAGGGGGAGGGUACAAUGCUUGCACCCACGAGCUCAUCGGAAGAGGAAGGUGCGCCUGCCCCCAGCAACACACCUGCGCCAUCCCUGGCCGCUGUGCUAGAGCAGGAGGUGCAGCAGCUGCAGGAGAAAUUCGCGUCGCUGGAACGGGUGUAUUCCCUGGCGGAGCAGGAGCGCACUGUGCUGCAAGAGAGGAACUCUAUUUUGGAGCAGGCGCAGUCUGAGUUGGAGCAGGAGCGUGCAGGCCUGCAGCAGGUUCUGGCAGAGAGGGAAGCAAGGCUGCAGGCGUGGGAAAAGAAGGGCGAGGAAUUCAGUGCAACAGUUGAAGAGCUGGAGGAGUGGAGGGGGAAGGCGGAAGAGGCAGCACUGGCUGCAGCAGCAGCUGAGGCGGUCCUCCUUGCAGCGUGCGAGCAGGCAGAGGCAGCUAAGUACAGGCAGCUCGUGGAAAUGCAGGAGGCUGCUUCAGAGGCCGCGCAGGCGAUUAUAACGCAACAGGGGCAGCUUAUAGCGGAGCAUGAGGCGCGGAUGACAGACCUGAGCGCGGAGCUUGAGAGCAGCCGCGCUGCUGCUGGUGAGAUGAAUAACAGGCUUGAGGGUGCAGUUAGAGAGACAGAGGAGAGGCAGAGGGAGCUGGCAGAAGCGGGUGCAGCAGCAGAGGAGAGGGAGCAGCAGGUGAGGGUGCUGCAGGAGCAGCUGCGUGCUGCCCUGCAGAGGGAGGAGGAGCUCCAGCAGGAGGUUCUAGAGGCGAAGGCGGCAGUGGAAGGAAGAGUGGCUGAUGCUGUAGCAGCAGCUGUAGCAGCGGCUGUAGCGGACGUGAGAGCUAGUGAAGCCGCCAAGUGGGAGGGAGCAGCAGCAGCAGCUGCAGCUGCAGCAGAGGCGGAAGCAGCAGAGCGGUUCGCCAAGGGGCGGGAGGAGGGAAUGAGCGAAGCUGCAGCUGCAGUGGCGGAAGCCGAGGCCAGAGCUGCGGCUGCUGCUGAAGUAGCUGAAGCCUUGGCUGCUGAUGCGAGGGCACAGGCCGAUGUUGCUAAGGAGAGGUGCGUGGUGCUGCAGAAUGAACUAGAGGCGAGUGAGAGGAGGGCGCAGGAGAGUGCGAGGAGAGUGGAGGAGAUGACGGUGAAGGAGAGAGAGGCGUUAGAGGCGCUUGAAGCGGCAGAGGCGUCUCAGGAGCAAGUGGUGGCUGCUGCUGUGCGUGCCGCCCAAGCUGCCACCCAAGCAGCCGCAGAUGUCGCAGCAGAAGCAGCAGCAGAGGCAGCAGGCGAGGCUGCACGGCAGCAGCUGGAGAGAGAGCGGGAGGAGAGGAGGAAGGAGGUGGAAGCAGUGAGGGAUCAAGCUGAGGCAAAUGCAGCCGAGAGAAUCAAAGAGAUUGAGGCUGCAGGAGCAGGUGCAGUUGCGAGUGCUGUAGCAGAGGCUGUAGCGGCACAGGAGACAGAGGUGGCUGUUGCUGUGGCGGCUGCUGUAGCAGCAGGGGAGGAGCAAGCAGUCGAGGCGUUCAGGAAGGGGUUGGAAGCUGGUAAGAAGGAGGCGAUGGUUGAAGCCGAGAAAGAGAGUGAGAAGGUGAGAGAGGAGUGUGCUGUGCUGGAAGCUAGGGUUAGAGAGACUGAGGAGAGGCUGAGAGAGAGUGAGAAGCAGCUAGAGGAGAGUGAGGGGAGGGUUGGGGAGAGGGAGAGGAGGCUGAAGGAGAGUGAGAGAAGGUUGGAGGAGAGCGAGGGGAGGCUGGAGGAUUGGAGGAAGAUGAGGGAAGCUCAGGAGGAGGCACUGGGAGGGGGGCUGAUCACAGCAGGAGCAGCAGGAGGGGGUACAGCUGCAGUAGCUGCAUCAUCAAAACAAGGAGCAGUUUCAGCAGAUGCGGAAGCAGCAUCUCCCACAGAAGCAGCAGCGGCGGCAACAGCAGCAGAAGCAGCAGCAGAGGCAGCAGAGGCUGUGGAGGUGCCGAUAGGGCUGACUCCGAAACAGUUGGAAGAUGUAAGGGCACUUCUCGAGGAGAAUCGCCAGCUGGACGCGGCCAAGGUGGCAGCCGAGAGGGCUGCUGAGUUGGCAGGCAGUGAGCGUGAUGAGCUAGCGGGGCGUGUGAAGGAGCUGGAGAGCCAGCUGGCAGCGCUGAUUCAGGAGCAGCAGGAGGCAGCAGCAGUGGAUGUGAAGGAGGAGCAGGCACUUGUGAGUGGUAAAGAUCCUGUGGUGGAAGAAGGGAGAGAGAAGGACGAGAAUCUCAAGGUGUUUGACGGGCUGUCCACUCGCAGUCUUGCAGGCAGUGAUGACAGCAGCAGCAGUGAGGGCAGUCUGGGGGAGGACGCAGUGGAUGGACAGACAACAGCUGGUGUGGGGGAUGGUGGGGCUGAGAAGGAGGUGGUGGAGGAGGAGAAGGAGCAGAGCGAUGAGGUAGGGGAGCGGCAGUUGAAUGAGGAAGAGAAGGUGCUGCAAGAGGAGGUGGACUCCGAAGCGGGUGGCAGUGGAGAACAGGUGGUUGUGUUGGAGUCGUACAGUAGUGGCGUCCCACCUGCCGUCCACCCUGAGAUGCAGGAGGCUGGCGUGCAGGAGGCUGGCGUGCAGGAGGCUGGCGUGCAGGAGGCUGGAGUGCAGGAGGCUGGAGUGCAGGAGGCUGGCGUGCAGGAGGCUGGCGUGCAGGAGCAUCAGGAGGAAUCUGAUGUUGCCUUGAGGGGGGACGGUGUUGUGAACCCGGGUGAUGCAGUGAGUCAGGGUGGUGCAGCGAACCAGGACAAUGCUGUGACUGAGGCAGGUGUAGACGCAAAGGAGGCAGCUGAAGCUAUUCCGGCUGGAACUUCUCCUGCUGAAGCUACUCCUGCAAAAGCUAUUCCUGCCGAGGCUACUCCUGCCGAGGCCACUCUUGCCGAGGCAACUCCUGUGGAGGCCACUCCUGCCGAGGCUACUCCUCCCGAAGCUACUCCUGCCGAGUCUACUCCUGCCGAAGCUACUCCAGCUGAAGCUGUGCCUGCUGGACCUAUGCCCGCUGAACCUGUGUCGGCUGAAGCCGUAGCUUUGCCUACAGGUUUUGGCAAUGAAAGUGCUGGCAGCAAAAGUGAGGCAUUCAAGUUAGUUAAUCCUGCCAGCAGGCAUGAGGCUGACAGCAAGGAUGGGCUAGCAGCAGCUGAGUCAAGUGAACCGGGCCCGUUCAAAUUCAGCAGGGGAGGUGGAACUCCUCAGAAAGGCCGGCGUGGUGGUGGCUAUAACCGAGGGGGUCGAGGUGGUCGACGAGGUGGCAAGAAUUGGUAG